AUGUCACACGAACAGCGGCUUGAAGAGGCGAACAACGCUGUGCUGGCGAUCCGCAAAAGCGUCGACAAGGAGUUCUACCCGCGCUAUCACAUUGCCCCUUAUGCCCGCUCCAUGAGUGCGCCAUGUGGCAUGAUCUACUUCAAGGGUCUCUAUCACGUCUUUUAUCAGCAUCAACCAUUUGCCGAAGAGUCUGGCCCGAUGCACUGGGCUCAUUCCACGAGCGAGAAUAUGAUUUACUGGCGGCACCACCCCGUCGCGCUCGCACCCGGAGAGGACUGGGACCGCGAUGGUUGCUUCUCUGGCAGCUCGGUCGUGUAUGAUGAUCGACUCUAUGUAUUUUACACUGGUCACCACUGGCUCACUGAUAUUGCUGAUGAUAGCCAAAUAUACCAGGUUCAGUGCCUGGCUAUCAGCGAAAACGGCUUCAACUUUGAGAAGCGGGGCAUCGUAGUAAAGCCGCCAGCCGGCUUCUCCCAUUUCCGGGACCCGUACGUGUGGUUCCAGGAUGGGCGGUGGUGGAUGGUGUGCGGCGGCCGCGACUCCAAGGAUCAGGGCCAGCUUCUCCUGUACAGCACCGAUGAUCUGGAGGAUUGGGAUGACAGCACGUUCAUGAUUCUGUCCAAGUCGGAGGACCGUAACGUGUACAUGUGGGAGCACCCUUGCUUUUUCCCCCUGCAGCGCCACCAGAUGCUCAUGCUCUCGCCGCAAGGCAUGCAACCUGAAGAUUACAUGUUCCGCAAUCGGUACCAAACAGGGCUUCUGAUGGGUCUGUGGAAACCGAACGCGAUCUUCAGCGUCACCUCCACGUUCAAGAAGCUGGACCUUGGCCACGACUUUUACGGCGCUCAGGCCUUCCUAACGCGCGACGGCCGGCGUGUCUUCAUUGGCUGGCUGGACAUGUGGGACACGAACAUGCCCACAAAGCAGCACCAUUGGACCGGCAUGCUCUCCCUGCCUCGCGUUCUCCUUGUCGACGAAGCUAGUGGCAGAAUUCGUACGCCGCCCAUCAAGGAGCUGGAGAGUAUCCGUGGCACCCACCAGUACCUACCGCGGCAGACUGUGCUCGAGAAUUCGCAGGUUCAGCUACUGUUUGGCUGCACGGCUCACGAGGUACGCGUGCUGUUUGACAUGGAAAAGAGCACGGCGGAAAAGUACGGCCUGUGGCUCGGUAGAGGGCUAGAGAUCUACGUCGACGAACAAAGCAAGCGUCUCGUGGUAAACCGCCACUACCCCAACUACGGCAUUAGCGGAUACCGCAGCUACACGCUGCCGGCUCAGGCACUGCUGCUAGUGCACGCGUACUUUGACAUGUCUAGUGUAGAGGUCUUUGUGAACGAAGGCGAGGCCGUGCUGAGUACCCGGAUUUAUCCGGCGCGCGAGGAUCGGGCGCUUUCUCUCUUUGCAGCCAAUGGCACCGCCCACGUCACGCGAGGUGACAUUUGGGCACUGAACCAGUCAGUUAUCCAUUAG